AUGGUCACAGCCUUUGCCUUCCUCGCGGGGGUCCUGCUCCCCUGCUGGGGCGAGCCCCUCCACAUCGGAAGUAGCGUAAUGAAGAUCAACGGGGCCAAGUGCUCCCACCACUCUAACUGCCAAAGUGACUGCUGUCUUAUCAACUUAGACAAUGGUGGCUCCUACUGUGCACCUAAGGCCGGGUAUACCAUGGUCUGCCUGCCCCAGACCAAAGGAGCCACCAACAUUGUCUGCCCCUGCCGACCAGGCUUGAGUUGUAUUACCAAGGACUUAAUGUGUCCCCGCCGGUGCCAUAUACUUUAG